CUCUGACCACGACUCUGACAGUGGCUCAGAAGACGCACAUGACGGUGGUGGGAUUACUAACCUGGAUCAGGAUUCCUCUGACAACAGAUCUGAAAAUGCACAUGAUGUUGAUGACAUUACAAGCCUGCAUGCAGACCCUGAAUCCAAUGAACUACCACCAAAUUUGAGCCAAACAACAGAGUCAUCAAUCUUCAGUUUUGAGGACAGUGUUGAUUUUGGUGUGUUUGAACCACUAUGGCAGUCUUUUACUGACUCUGAAUCCAUUGGCAGUGGAGAAGAAUUUCCCAUGGAAGACAGCACUGAGAAGUCAGUAAAUGAAGAAUCACAUUUGGGAGUAGGCAUUAAUGAAAGGUUUCCUCCAGUAAAUGAUGAGCCACUUUACACAGGCUCACAACUAACCAAAGCUCAGAGUUUUUUACUUAUCCUUUCAUAUGCUUUGAGACACUCACUUACUGGUGUGGCCCUGUCUGAUCUUUUAGAUUUGAUUAAUAUCCACUGUCCAGAAAAUGUUCUAACUUCAAAGCAUCUGUUCUUAAAAGAGCUUAAACCAAUACAAGGUCACCUAGAAUGUCACAUAUACUGUCCCAACUGUGAAUAUUACAUCGGCGACCAAGUCACUGAAGGGCAGUGUUCUGUAUGUAACUCUACAUGGGAUAGAAACAGCUCACUGAAGAAUGGAAAUUUCUUCCUAUACUUACCCAUCCAAACACAACUGGAACAUCUUCUUCAAAGAGAAGAUAUUGCAUCUUGUCUUAAGUCAGGAAAUGGCACAUGUAAUUCAGACGAUUAUGAUGACAUAUGUUGUGGUAAAAUGUAUCAUAAUCUGAACAAAGAUGGCGGCCCACUAGAUAGUCCUCAUGCAUUCUCCUUAACAUUAAAUUGUGAUGGAGUUCCAGUAUUCAAAUCAUCCCAGUAUGGAAUUUGGCCAUUACAAGGGAUGGUAAACGAGCUUCCUUAUCAUGUCCGUAAAGAGAAUGUUUUACUUUUUGGCCUAUGGUUUGGUACUAAAAAGCCAAAUGUUAAUACAUUUUUAAAACCAUUCACAAAAGAGUGUCAGUCAUUGUCAACUGUUGGCUUCAAGUUACACAGCAACAACAUUGUGAAUCAUUGUAGAGUGAUAGCAGCUGUUAUUAUGUGUGAUUCAGUUGCCAGGCCCAUUCUGCAAAACAUGACCCAAUUUAAUGGUAAUUAUGGGUGCAGCCUCUGCCUACAUCCUGGUGAACAAGUUCCAAAGGGAAAUGGAACUGUUAGGGUUUAUCCAUACAAAGAAGUUCCAAAAAGGGAUCAUGCUUCAACCCUAAAUGAUGCAAGGGAGGCUGUGCGUACCACACAAUCUGUGAGGGGCAUUAAAGGGCCCACAUGUCUUGUCAACAUCCCACACUUUGACCUCAUAUCUGGAAUGCCUCCUGACCAUAUGCAUAAUGUACAUCUUGGAGUUGUUCGGCAAAUGACAAGCAUGUGGCUGGAUAGUGAACACCAUGAGGAGCCAUUCUAUAUUGGUAAUCGUGUUCCUGAGCUCGACAAACAACUCUUGAGAAUUAAACCACCUUGCAAUAUCACAAGAGUGCCCCGCUCUUUUCAGCAAAGGAAGUUUUGGAAAGCCAGUGAAUGGCAGAACUGGUUACUUUUUUAUAGCAUCUUUGUGCUAAAGGGAAUACUACCCCAUGCAUUUUACCAGCACUGGUUAAUCCUUGUCACCUUCAUGUUCUUGCUAUGUAAGGACACUGUCACAUCAGAGGGGUUAAAAAGAUGUGAAAAACUAGUUGUUGAGUUUGUCAAACAGUUUGAAACACUGUAUGGAAAGGAAAAUGUGUCAUUUAACGUACAUUUAUGUCUUCAUUUGCCGGACUCUGUGAGAAAUUGGGGACCUUUGUGGGCACAUUCAGGAUAUAUUUUUGAGUCUUUUAAUGGGGAGAUACUGAAGAUGUUUCAUGGCACCCAGUGUGUUCCCUUACAAAUAAUGAAACAAUUCACAUAUAGACAAGUGUUGCCUCUUUUGAAAAACAAUGCACUGAGAAAUGCUGUGCCAAGAUGUAUACAGCUGUAUAACAACUUGACUGGUGAAAAAAAGCUGAAACAGUUUGAAAGAGUAGCAGCUCAAGUUGUGACCCUUGGUUUACACUAUGUACGAAAACUUACUAACGAAGAGAUACUGGCUAUGAGAGAGAAAAUUUCAGUCACCACGGAUACAAUUGUGAAAAUAUUCAGUAGAACUUUCGUCAAAGGAGAACUGUAUUACUCAGAGCAGUUCACUAGAGUAAUGAAAAGGAACAGCUUCACUGUUUUGUUGGAUAAUGGACACAUAAUCACUGUGUAUUAUUACAUUGUGGUAGAGAGACUUGAUGACAGAAAAUGUUUUGCUGUUGGAAGACAGUAUGACAAAUCACACAGUUCAGUGCUAAAUUUAGAAAAUGUAGUUGGCUUGAAAAGAGUGUUACAGGGAAGGAAAAAGGUUUUUGAUGUGAUGCAAUUCAACAGGAAAUGUAUGUUAGUUGAUCUGCCACAUUAUGCCAACCUUUAUGCAUGUAUACCUCCACGUUGCAGUGUGGAGGACUGAAAUGUCAUGUUGAUGAUGAAAUGUCAUGUGGAGGAAUAAAAUGUUGAGGAUGAAAUGUCAUGUGGGGGAAUAAAA